GGCAGACAUAACACAGUCGUCCAAUCACAAAAUAAGCCGAAAGGGGAUUUUUGCUCUAUAUUUGUCUCAGAACAGCUCCAGUAGGGUUCUGAAUGCAGUUUGCCACUCCUGCCUUGUUGAGAGAUGGCAGAAGAUCACUUAAAGGCAGAUUCCUCGGCUGGGGAGGGGGAGACGGAGCCCAGCAUGCUACUGCAGAAACUCAAGAACAACAUUUCUAAAAAUGUGCAGGGCAAAGUGGACAAAAUUUUGGAAGAUGUGCAGCGUUUCUCUGACAAUGACAAGCUCUACCUUUAUCUACAGCUACCCUCAGGUCCAAGUGCAGGGGAGAAGAGUAGUGACUCAAACUCGGUCAACACAGCAGACCAGCUUCACACCUGCAAUUGGAUUCGUAGCCACUUGGAAGAACAUCCUGACACCUGCCUGCCUAAACAAGAUGUUUACGAGACGUACCGGAAGCACUGUGACAAUUUACAACAUCGGCCUCUAAGUGCAGCAAACUUUGGCAAAAUCAUCCGGGACAUCUUUCCUAACAUUAAAGCACGAAGACUGGGCGGAAGAGGACAGUCCAAAUAUUGCUAUAGUGGGAUACGUAGAAAAACUGUGCUAAACAUGCCGUUACUGCCCAGCUUGGACCUCAAAAAUGACCCGUCUGAAUUGACAGAACUGGUGCAAACCUACAAGCAAGAGGUCACUGAAGCAGCUUGUGAGCUCAUCUGUGACUGGGCCCAGAAGAUCCUGAAGCGCUCAUUUGACACAGUGGUGGAGAUUGCACGCUUCCUCGUACAGGAGCACAUUGUCAACCCACGCUGCAGCCAAGCCGAACUCGUCACCUCAGCUGCUCUGGCAGGUGGACCUUCCAAACCUCAUAAGGUAAUCAAAAAAAUUCCAGCAGCUUCCCGAGCAGGUGGAGCUGAGGAAGUUGGUGGCAGUGCAGAAAAUAAGCAGAACGAGAAAGAUGCUGUGGAACAGCCGCCAUCUAAUAAGCAACAGGUUAGUGAAAAGCCAACCAACAAGGUGGAGUCUGCUCGGGUGGAGGCUUACAUGAAGAAGUUGCCCCAGCUCCUUCCCAGGGGUUCCAUUCAGGAGAAAACCUCUCCACCAUGUCUUGCACCUGCUGAUUCGGGCAGCGUUCAAGUCACUUUGCCCAUUACAGUUGCGACUAUACCGUCUCAACCAGGUGGCACGGUGCCCGUUAUGAUCCUGCCAUCAGGCAUGAGUCUUUCAUACCCAGAACGUGACAAAACAUCAGUUACGGUUGCGUCUUCCGCUGCUCCAACGCCAGUAGUCCAAAGAGCACGAGCACCCAUCCCUAAGAGGGGCCCUGACCCCUUCUCCACUUCAGUUUCAGCCUCUGGCUCUGCUGGAGUUGCUCCUAAACGCAAAAGAGGACGACCCAGAAAGCAUAGACCAGAAGAUCUGAUAGCACAAGUUCCCUUAGCCCAAACCACGAAUCCAAAUCCAGCUUCACUCUCAAGAGGAGUAAUCCAGAAGGCUUUGCCUUCCUGUACGCCCGCCACUUCACAAGUAGUAGAAAUUGUGAUACAGGACCAGCAAAAUCUGGUUCUCGGCCAACUUCCUGCCAUCCAGGAAGUGUCAGAUGUUGAGCGUAGAGGUGUUGUGGUGCAUUGUCAACCUCCACCAGAACCCGAGCAGCAGUCUGUCUUGAUACUACCAGGGCCCAACCAACCCAGUUACGAGUUGAGUCGGGGUAUGGUCAUCCAGCGAGCACCGCUAUCUAGAGAGGGAAGACCUACUCUUCAAGAAGUGCCACAAACCACCAUCUCAUACCUCCCUCCACCAACAUUAUUAGAAGACAGAGGAGAAGUCGAAAUUACUCUGACUCCUGUGGAGCCACUGGUCGAUUCCAUGCCAAACUCAGCAGGGAUCUCCAGCUCAUUUGGCUCGUUGUCUGGAGAAACCCCUAAACUAGAUGCCCCAUAACCCCAGCACACCAGCCAUCUAUUUUCUUUUCCACUGAGACUUUGAAAUACCAUGAUCUAGAUGUACAUUGCCUUUCCAGUGCUUUUUUGAAUUGCAUAUUAGCUUGAGGGUCAAACUGAGUUGUAGUAUUAUGGCUGAGUUUGAUUGGGUAUGUUUGCUUUCUACAGGGUGUCUUAAGGCACAGAAACAAAGUACAAUCUGUUGUUAUUGCAAUUGGCAGUUGUGCUCCAACAAAAUGCAUUUAAACAACGACUACAUGCUGUUUAAAUGUUUAAAUAUUAUAAUAUUGUUGAAAUAUAAAAGUUAUGGUGCAGUCACCUCUUGUUGGAAUUACCAUGAUUACGAGAUGACAACUCAGAGGUUUGACUUGGCGAUGUCGGACAAGAUUUGAAACGGCUGCUGCCAUUUUGUUUUUUACAUAAUGUCACAAUGGUCAAUUAAGAGAAAUUGGAGAUUUCAUAAAACUUUGAGUUUUCAAAUUGUAAUCACAGUACGAGUUUGACAAAGAUCUUUGAUGUGAGCUAACAUGAUGUGAAUGCACCAUUAAUUACUGAAGAUUCCAGGAGUUUUGUUUAAGAGAUUAUUAAUUGUACAUCUAAGAGGACUAAGACAAAUUGACCUAGAAGAUAUUAUCACUUUGUUUCCUAGAAGGAUGUAUGUUGGAGUGAAUUUAAUGCAUUUCAAUCAAAUUUUAGUCAAGAUGAAACUGUCGGGGAAAUGUAGAGAAAUACUCACAAAUAACAGUCCAAUCUGGUCAAGCUCAGUUUUGGUCUCUGAUGUAAAAGUCAAAAGAGGAACAUCUAAAAAAAAGUUAUUCAUCGUAGUUACCAAGGAAUUACUUAACGUUCGUCGGUGCCAUCUUUCCCCAUUUUCAGUGCCAUAAGAGCUCUGCAUGUUUGUGUUUGUAAACAUCAGUUGAGACUUUUGAGAGUUUUUCUAGUUGUUCAGAUGACAAAGAGUGGUAUUACGGGCUUGUAACUUCAGGGUUCUAAAAGCUUACGACCACCAUAAGUCACUCCUUCACUCAGUGAUUGGGUAAUAUUUACGUGUUCAAGUUUUAAGUAUUAUUAAUGUCGCAAAUAACAUAUAUAUAAAAAACAUUUCUAAAUUACUACAUUGAGUUGCUGUUGUGAAGGUCAAGAAAACACUCCUAGUUCAGAUGGUGCAAUAUGUAGGUGGAUAAAACCAAUAUAUAUAAAUAUGCAAAUGAGGCUUAGAUUUCGAAAUUCUCACAAUACCCUGCAUUCAAGUCUGACCAGUCGUACCUUUACAGCAACAAAACAAAUAGCACUUAACAGAUGUAAAUAGUCUAUCCAUAAGCCCUGGAGGAUAUCUUCAUAGGUUAAGCGUACCGUAACUAAUUUAAAAUGUUUUAUUUUCCAAAUGUAUAGCCAUCGUCACUAUAUUGCUACUUGGAAAUAUUAUUCUUAUUAUUAGUUGCUAGGAAAGUGUGCACUGUCAUCCUAAAAGCAUGUACAAAAUAAUUAGAAGUUAAUAUGUUAAGAUACAUUUCUGAAAUUUGAUUAUAUUAUUUUAAAUUCUAACUGAAAUAUGUGCUAAUUAUUUAUUUAUUCAAGUUUUACAGAGCUUGAGCCUCAUCCACCUCUAGUUGUGUUAGAGUUGACAAUAUUUUAAAGGAGAAUUCUGCCUUUUCAUUUUGUAGCCUUUUGUACUAGUAUUUGUUCCAGAUACUACACUUGAUCUUAGCUAAAAGUCUAUUACUGUUUUUUUUAUUUAUUUAUUUAUUUUUUAUUACAAAGUGUGUGUUAUUCUAAUUACAGAUUAUGCCCAAAACACACUCAUAUACUAUUCUUGUUUACUGUGCAAAAAGAAAAAAAAUUAUAUUUUGGCUCAAAAGAAUUCACAAUUUCCAAAGAAUUAAAAAAUGUGAAGAAAUAAAAAUAUAUAUAUAUUUGUAGUAAUAGUUUAAUUUAUUUUAUGUAUUAAAUAGAGGAAAUACAUUUGCUUGUCUGUAUUUGGUUUGAUGUGCUUUUGAAAGGCUAUGAAAUGAAAAACAAAAAUAAAUGAAAAAAACGAAAACUUUCUAAAAACCUACUUAAGAAGACUUCAGCUCAACAGAGGCUGCUGGUUGUUAAAAGUAUGGAAGCCCGUUUCUGCCGCAUUCAAUUAAAAUAGUCAUUAUUUCGAUAUAACAUCCUUAUUUUGAGAUAUUAUAAAAAAAAAAAAUAAAUUUAUAUAAAAAUAACGAUAUACAUUUUUUAAUUUUUUUAUUUUAUUUUGCAGAAACGGGCUUCCAUACAAAAUAAAUGUAAUAGGCACUUAAUUUAAAAAAAAUAAAGCCACUCCAAAUAUGAAUGAAGAGAUUUGGAGUCAGAUUAGUAUUUAUUCAAAUGUUGUAGUAAUAUAUGUGAGAUGGUAGAUGAGUAUGGGGGAGGAUUUUACUAUUGAGUAAUGGUGCUUUAAAGAAGCUAAACGGGUUUAACUAUCAUAGGAAUUGAUUGUGAUUCACGUUGCAGCGAUUUUACCCAAUCAGCAGUUUGACUGCACUUAACGUCCGCUGCUUGAUGGUGCUGAUUCUGGGUAGAAUCAUCGAGGAACUUAUGGUCUCUGUACAUUAGUAGCAGAACAACAGCCUGCUACUGUUGCAUCAGCAUAAAUUAUGUUAAGUCUUGUGAUAUGGAUGUGCUAUAUAGAAAAAAUUCACAAUCCCAUAGAAUUCGUGUUCAGUUCUAAAGAAACACGGCUGCUUAAUUUGCUCAAAGCUGAAAUCAUAUGAAUCCCUUCUCAUAAGUACAGUGUACAGUGUAAUAUUUUCUAUCCUCAGUUGUUUUAUUUUUCCAGUGCACAGUUAACGUUUAAUGUUACAAAUGGGUAACUUUUACAAUCUUUGCAUUUUAAUGUUGCAUCUCACCCUUCCUGACUGAGUUAAUGUGAUUUAAAAAUCACAAAAUAAAUUGAACUAUAGUGGAAAAAAAGAUGCUAGGCAGAAUGUUAGGGACUGACUGCCUCAGUCACCUUUCACUUUCAUUGCAUCUUUUUUCCAUACAAUGAAGGUGAAUGGGAACUGAGGCUGUUAGUAAAUCGAUGACAAAAUGUUCAUUUUUGGGUUAACUGUAAUUUUAUUAAACUAAAAAGAGUUAAUUAAGUGUUUUUUAGACCAGUCUAGCUUGCUGUAUCAGCCUCUUAAUUGCAACAUUCAAAUUACUGACUGAACAAUUGGACAUUAGACAAAGAUUUUACAAAAUGCAUUACAAAAUGUAAAACUAAUGCUUAUAAGAGUGAUAGCACUGAAAGCAGUUUAAUAUAUAAGACUGUUCCAUGGGAAUACAUUUUGACAACAUGAGCAAACUAUAAUAACAAAAAUAUAUCCACUUAUGGAUAUAAUAUUCAUAACCUUGUAGUUGUCCAUCGACAAAUAAUGUUUGUUUUUUGUUGUUGUUGUUGUUGAAAGUACAGUGUCAAAUGUCACAGGUAUGUAAAAUGUACAGUACAACAUAGUGCCUCAUACAAACCACUGUGCUCUAAGUAUAUACAUUUUCUUUGCAUUAUUUAUUGUGAUUUAGCUCUGAAGCUCCAAGCGGAUUUUGUUAACUCUUUGGUAAAAGGCUAAAAAAAACUGUUGCGCUGAAUGCGCUUAAUAACACAGGAAAACCAAAAUGACACAAUGAUCCCACAAGUGCAUCAAGGUGGUGAUUGUGUGUUUGUAUCCAUCAGUGUAGGUAAUUCUUAUGUUUCAUUGUGACAAAAUCAAAAGCAACCAAUUGCAGUCCUGUCUAGACCAUUACCUUUUCACUGAGUCAUGUAGAAUUGGUAAUUAGCAUACAUUUAGCUUUGAGUCCAGAUAAAGGAGUUUUAUAUCAACCAAGUGGAAUUUGCAUAAAUGUUCAUUUAUUGUGAGUGUCAGUAAUAUGCCAUGAGUUAAUCCUGACCAUUUUUACUAUAAUUUGUCUGAUGCUGUAAUCUGUUGACAACCAUUUUUUAGCCAGUCCAUGCAUGGUUUCUGUAUUGAAUACAUUUUUUAAAAAGGUCAGACAUUGUACGUAUGCCUGGCUGGAUCUUGUAAUUGUUUGGAGUUGCGCCGUUUCUUUAAAAAAAAACAUUGGACCCUGGUGUUUGUCUUGCACUUUAAUUUUCUUAACAGAAAGCACAUGGGGGAAAAAGAUUAAAUGCAGCACCUUGUAUGUUAUUUGUUUUUGUACUCAAAAUCAUAAAGUCUUCUUUUUGAAAAGCUUUUCUUGUUUUGUAUUUCAUGUUUUGUCAUGUUAAAACUGUAAAAUUCAACAUCUUCCAUAUAAAAAGGAAAAACAACCUCUGACUGUGAGCACAUUUUCAUAAAUCAGCACUAAUAAACGAUAUGUAUGUUGUGUUUCUUUAUAUCAAGUGUUUGUGAACACUUCACCCUUCUCCACAACUAUAAAUGCUUAAAAUACACCAAAAUCUUAUAUUCUCAACAGUUCUCUUUGGAUACAGUUAGAUUUUGAGAAUAUUUUACUGUUAAAAGGUGUGGACAAGAUGCUGAUCUAGGAUCAUGUACCAGGUUAUUAUCAUGUACCAAAUCUGAUAGCUUAUUGAAAAUUUUUUCUUUUGCUUUAAAACAGCAAUUCAUAACAUAUUUAGUCAAGUCAGACAUUAUUAUUAGUUUAUGUAAAAAUUCAUCAACAAUAUUUCCAAACCUUUAAUCAAAUGUAACAACUAUAGAUAUGUUCUUUUAAAAAUAUGUAAUUCAUGUAAAAAAAAAAAAAAAUUUAUUAAUUUGUAUGAACAUAAAAAGAUUCAACAACUAAAGACAUAAACUGAACAAGUUUCACUGACAUGUGACUAACAGAAAUGGAAUAAUGUGUCCCUGAACAAAGGGGCACAAUCAAAAGUAGCAGUCAGUAUCUGGUGUUGCCACCAGCUGCAUUAAGUACUGCAGUGCAUCUCCUCCUCAUGGACUGCACCAGAUUUGCCAGUUCUUUCUGUGAGAUGUUACCCCACUCUUCCACCAAGGCACUUGCAAGUUCCUGGACAUUUAUGCGGGGAAUGGCCCAAGCACUCACCCUCCGAUCAAACAGGUCCCAGAUGUGCUCAAUGGGAUUGAGAUCAGGUCUCUUCGCUGGCCAUGGCAGAACACUGACAUUCCUGUCUUGCAGGAGAUCAUGCACAGAAUGAGCAGUAUGGCUGGUGGCAUUGUCAUGCUGGAGGGUCGUGUCAGGAUGUGCCUGCAGGAAGGGUACCACAUGAGGGAGGAGGAUGUCUUCCCUGUAACGCACAGCGUUGAGACAAUGACAGCAAGCUCAGUCCAAUGAUGCUGUGACACACCGCCCCAGACCAUGACGGACCCUCCACCUCCAAAUCGAUCCUGCUCCAGAGUACAGGCCUCGGCGUAACGCUCAGUCGUUCGGCGAUAAAUGCGAGUCCGACCAUCACCCCUGGCAAAACCACGACUCGUCAGUGAAGAGCAUUUUUUGCCAGUCCUGUCUGGUCCAGCGAAGGUGGGUUUGUGCCCGUAGGCGACAUUGUUGCCGGUGAUGUCUGGUAAGGACCUGCCUUAAAACAGGCCUACAAGCCCUCAGUCCAGCCUCUCUCAGCCUAUUGCAGACAGUCUGAGCACUGAUGGAGGGAUUGUGCGUUCCUGGUGUAACUUGGACAGUUAUUGUUGCCAUCCUGUACCUGUCCCGCAGGUGUGAUAUUCAGAUGUACCGAUCCUGUGCAGGUGAUGUUACAGGUGGUCUGCCACUGUGAGGACGAUCAGCUGUCCUUCCUGUCUCCCUGUAGCGCUGUCUUAGGCGUCUCACAGUACGGACAUUGCAAUUUAUUGCCCUGGCCACAUCUACAGUCCUCAUGCAGCAUGCCUAAGGCACAUUCACGCAGAUGAGCAGGGACCCUGGGCAUCUUUCUUUUGGUGUUUUUCAGAGUCAGUAGAAAGGUCUCUUUAGUGUCCUAAGUUUUUAUGACUGUGACCAUAAUUGCCUACCGUCUGUAAGCUGUUAGUGUCUUAACGACCGUUCCACAGGUGCAUGUUCAUUAAUUGUUUAUGGUUCAUUGAACAAACAUGGAAAACAUUGUUUAAACCCUUUACAAUAAAGCUCUGUAAAUUUAUUUGGAUUUUUACAAUAUUAUCUUUAAAGUACAGUGUCCUGAAAAAGGGAGUUUAUUUUCUAGGUCACUAAUCAAAUUUAAGCAUUUGUUAAAUUGGCCAUGUUAAUUUUGUAAGAAAGAUCAAAUAUGAAGAAAUUUUACAUUUAUGUAAAUAUUUCAUUUAAACUUUUCGCUAAAAUUGUUAUACAAAUAAAGUUUCUAAUGAGAAAAAAAAUUAAUAAAUUAUGCAAUGAAAAAUAGAAGUUCUAGUCACUAUUCAAAUUUAAGCAAUUUUGUUACACUGACCAUGUUAACUGUACGAAAUGUCAAAU